AUGAUUCCCGGGUAUACACUUUUGAUGAUUUUGUUCAUUUCUCAGUUUAAAGAAAAGGUAAUUCCUGGAGUAGAGGGUCAAGAACUGAUUUAUCCUAAAAGGAUCUCUCUAGUACAGAAGCGAGAUGUUGGGCACACUCAUGAACCUGACAUGCAGGAGACUUAUGAAGAUGAAGAAGAAUUGUUGUAUGAACUAAGGCUACACAGAAAAACUUUAAUACUUCAUCUUUUGAGAACAAGGGAGCUCCUAGCCACAAAUUACAGUGAAACUUACUCUUCCACAAAAGGAGAGGAGGUCACCAGGCAUCCUCAGAUCAUGGAUCACUGUUUUUACCAAGGAUCCAUCUUACAUGAAAUAGAUUCUGCUGCCAGUGUCAGCACAUGUAAUGGUCUGAGAGGAUUCUUCAGAAUAAAAGACCAAAGGUACCUCAUUGAACCAGUGAAAUACACAGAUGAAGGAGAACAUUUGGUGUUCAGAUAUAACCCAAAGGUGUAUUAUGCUGCCAAUUAUUCCUGUACAGAGUUCAAUUUUACCAGGAAUACUGUUCCAAGCACCAGUACUAAAUCUGUGGAAAAACACAACGUAGAAAGCAUCCCUAAAGAAAAAUAUAUUGAACUGUUCAUUGUUGCUGAUUACAAUGUGUAUCACAGGAAUACCAAUCCUUACAAUAAACUAAGGAACCGAAUUUUGGGAAUGGUCAAUUUUGUCAAUAUGAUUUAUAAAACUUUGAACAUUCAUGUAACAUUGGUUGGACUUGAAGUGUGGACAAAUGGAGAUCAAAUAAAAGUAGAUUCAAAUAUAGAAACAACUUUAUUACGUUUUUCAGCUUGGCAAGAAACAAUCAUUAAAAAACGAAAGACGUUUGAUCAUGCUGUGUUGCUCAGUGGGAAGUGGCUUUACACACAUGCACAAGGAACUUCUUAUCCAAAGGGUAUGUGCCUGCCGUAUUAUUCCUCCAGUGUCGUUAAGGAUCUCUUACCUGACCUAAAUAUAGCUGCAAACAGAAUUGCCCAUCAGUUGGGGCAUAGCCUUGGGAUGCAGCAUGAUGAAUUCCCAUGUGUCUGUAACUUUGGAAGAUGUGUAAUGGAUAGCAGUGGAAGCAUUCCUGCAGUAAAAUUUAGUAAAUGCAGCAAAAACCAAUACCUGAAAUACCUGAAGGAUUAUAAACCAACAUGCAUGUUGAAUAUUGUGUUUUCCGAUAAGUCAAAUGAUUUUCCAUAUUGUGGAAAUAAGAAGCUGGAUGAAGGAGAAGAGUGUGAUUGCGGCUCUGCUCAGGAAUGCACUAAUCCUUGCUGUGAUGCAGAAAAAUGUGUGUUGAAGCCAGGAUUUACCUGUGCAGAAGGAGAAUGCUGUGUAUCCUGUCAGCUGAAGGAAGCAGGGUCCACAUGCAGACCAGCAAAAGAUGAAUGUGACUUUCCUGAAGUGUGUACUGGCCACUCCCCUAAGUGUCCUAAGGACGAAUUCCAAGCAAAUGGCUUCCCUUGCAAGAAUGAGGAAGGCUACUGCUUCAUGGGGAAGUGUCCCACCCGGGAUGAUCAGUGCUCUGAAUUGUUUGAUGAUGAAGCAAAAGGGAGUCAUGAUAUCUGCUACAAUAUGAAUAAAAAAGGAGAUGAAUUCGGAUACUGCAAGAACACAAAAAACAGUUUUGUUCCCUGCGAAGAGAGGAAUGUCAAAUGUGGAAAGAUAUACUGCACUGGAGGACAACAUUCACCUCACUGGGGAGAAUAUAAGACCUAUCACCUUCAGGUUCCAAAGAAGAACACAACCAUCGAAUGUAGAACCUUUUUUCUGUACCGUAAUUCUGAAGAUGUUGGCCUGGUGGCUCCUGGAACAAAAUGUGGACAUGGGAUGGUGUGCAGCAAAGGUGAAUGUGUCAAUAUCAAAACGACCUACAAUUCAACCAAUUGCUACUUUCAGUGCAAAGAAAAUACUGUAGAUGGCCAUGAGGCUGCUUGCCUCUGUGAAGAACAGGAAUCUCUAGACUGGGAAGAAACGUUAAAUGUUACCAAUAUUGCCAUCUUGGUUGUGGUGCUUGUGCUGGUUGUUACUGGUGUCGGAAUUGUCACAUUAUUAAUUCGUCAUCAAAAAUGUACUAAGUUGAAGCAAAUUCACAGCCCACCUGCAGAACUGGGAGUAGAGAAUAAGGGAUACUUUGGUGAUGAAACACAAGCAAGGAAUGAGCCAGUCUUACCAGAUAUUCAUCCACUACAAAAACCUGCAAGUAAAGAUCCAAGAGGAAUUGCAGAUCCCAAUCCAAUUGCCAAAAUGGUAUCAGGGUUAUUUAUACUGGCUUCAGAGAAAGAGUUAUGGGGUGUUCCUUCCUCUUCUAUGUUCGUGUAG